UUCAAAAAUUUAAUCGUACAACACAUGAAAUAUCAACCUUGGCUUUAUCAGUAAAAACUUAUUGCUUAUUCUUCGUUAUCAUUUUCAAGAAUAUUCUGUAUACAAUUAACUGGUAUUUAUUGCUUGCAAAAAUUAGCAAAAAUUAAUGUUUAAUACUCGCUGAUAAUUGCGUCGAUUUUUCUAGAACACGGGAAAAAACGGUAACGAUGGGUAUAUUGGAACUAAAGCAAAGUUUAACCGGGCAUAAAGGCAGGGUAUGGAAUGUCUGUUGGCAUCCUAAAGGUAUAAAUCUUGCGUCUUGUGGCGAAGACAAAACAAUUAUAAUAUGGGGAUUGGAGGGACCCAAGUGGGUUACGAAAAUGAUCCUUACUGAGGGACAUUCUAGAACCAUUAGAGAACUGGCUUGGUCCCCCUGUGGUAAUUAUAUUGCAUCAGCGAGUUUUGAUGCUACUACUGCAGUGUGGGAUAAGAAGUCAGGACAAUUUGAAUGCAACUCAACGUUAGAAGGACAUGAACAUGAAGUAAAAAGUGUUAGCUGGUCAAUUUCUGGCCAAUUACUCGCCACAUGUAGUCGAGAUAAAUCUGUAUGGGUAUGGGAAGUGAACGAUGAUGAAUAUGAUUGUGCAGCUGUCAUUAAUAGUCAUACUCAAGAUGUAAAGAAGGUGAGGUGGCAUCCACAUGAAGAAAUCUUAGCUUCUGCCAGUUAUGACAAUACAGUAAAGAUAUUUAAGGAAGAUAUAGCCGAUAGCGACUGGUCAUGCAUCGCAACCUUGUCAUCUCAUACAUCUACGGUGUGGAGUCUUUCAUGGGAUGCAGUCGGUAAUCGAAUAGCAACAUGCAGUGAUGAUAAAACUAUAAAGAUAUGGCGGGAAUACAAACCUGGAAACGACACAGGCGUCGCUACACCAAACAACGAAUCAGUUUGGAAAUGCAUUUGCACACUGUCGGGAUAUCACACAAGAACAAUAUAUGAUAUCGAUUGGUGUAAGAUCACAGGGUUACUAGUGACAGCAUGUGGUGACGACAUUAUUAGGAUAUUUAAGGAGGACGAUAAUUGCGAUUCACAUCAACCAAAUUUCACACUGAUCUAUACAAUGGACAACGCACACGCUCAAGAUGUUAAUUGUGUACAGUGGAAUCCUACGGUUGCUGGACAACUCGCAUCUGCAAGCGACGACAGUACAGUGAAAAUAUGGUUUUACAGCGAAUAAAAUGUAUACAAUUGUAAAAUA